GUGUCCGGGUUCGGUGCUUGCAUAGAGUGAUGUUGAAUUUGAUACCAAUAUUGUUCCCGAUACCGGACCUGGAAAUGAGAAUUGUUUAAUAGUGGAACUAUUUACACAUUUAGUCGGAUAAUUUUAUAUUUUUAAUAUCAAUGUUUUAAACACUUUUAUUUACUUUGUGUUUUAAAAAUGUGACAAUUUGCUUUGAAGGCUGUUAGUUUUGUUCCGGAUGUUUAUCCAUUUAAGUAACCCCAGGAGUAUAUCUUAUCUUUUGUUAAUUAGUUUAUUUGAAUGUACAAUGAUUACGGUUUAUAAUUGGAUUCCUGUCGAGAUUGUUAGCAUUUAUACAUUUGCCUGUACUCAAUUUUAUUAACAAAAUAAUUGAAACGGUCCCUCUGAAUUCAUGAAUAAACGUACUUUUUGAACAUUUAAAGUUUUUGUUGACGUUUUGUCUGGGACAAUUACACUGAGAAGAGAAUCUUAAAAUAGUGAUGCCUGCUGCACUUGGACUCUUGGACUUGCAAGAAUGCAUCAAAGACUCGCCCACUUUCAGAAUUGCCCUUCAGGAAGUAGAAAAAGGGAUCGUAGAAGUGGAGUCUAAGCUGGAGAAGCUGGUAAACCUUUGUUCAGCAAUGGUUGAAACUGGGAAGGCUUAUAAUGCUGCCAGUAAGCUGUUUGCUGGGGGAGUUCAGGAGUUGACCCUCCACUGCGGAACAGUUGAUCUCAUCAAGAGCUCUCUGGAUCCGUUUGUGGAGGGCCUCCAUGAAAUAAUACAGUACCACAAUGUAAGUUAUGCUAUCUUUAAAUUCUUGCUGUUUUAA